CUACUUCUGCAGCCCUCUGGCACUGAGAGGCCUCCGAUUUGUGGAUUACUGGAUGGAAAUGUCUGACGCGGUCAAGCCUCUGACUUCCUUCCUCAUAGAGGACAUCCUCUCCAUCAAGGAUGGCACGAGAUUUAACAGCAAAUGCUGUUCGCAGAAGAUGGAGAGAUGCUCGCAGUGGGAAGAUGAAUCUGAAGUGUUUUCAGAGCAGCUCUGCCCUCAGCAGACGGCGUUUGGAGUGCAGACAGGGUCUCUGGACAAAUCCUGUCCCAGCAUGUCAGAAUCCAGCAGUUUUUCCUCCACGGGGAAACAGAAGCGCUCCAGAGCUGCGUUUACACACCUCCAAGUGCUUGAACUGGAGAAGAAAUUUAACCACCAGAAAUACCUGUCGGCCCCAGAGAGGGCUCACCUGGCCAGCAGCUUAAGACUCACCGAGACCCAAGUGAAAAUCUGGUUUCAGAACCGGAGGUACAAGACAAAACGGAAGCAGCAGACGUCAGAGUUCUGCAAGGACGUGUACAAAGCAGAGGCACUGAGCCUGAGAGAAGAUGUGGUCCGAUCGUCACUAAUCGCCUCCUUCUGCAGAGCUUAUCAGUACAGACCCUACCUGUGGGACUACAGUGGCCCCUGGGGGGCAACACUAUGGUGAAACUGAAAUGAUGUGUGAAGCUGUGAUUUAUAUAUCUUCAAUAUUCCUGAUAUUUAGGCUCCGUGUUCACUAUCAAAGUUGAUUCUUUGUUGUUUGACGCUGAUUUUGAACCCAUGUGUUACCAGUUUGCCAUCUAAAAGGAUUUUGUUCAUAAACACGUUGCACAGUUUUUUCAUGCUUUGAGAAAAAUGAUGUGAUGCAAAACCAUGACGUCUGGACAUGAUGUGGGUUUGCACAAUGAAACAGCUGCUCACUGAAGUCAGUUAAUUAUCGUUAAAUUAAUGCUGAUACUUUCCCUUAAAGCUCUGUGUUGAAGUUUGGGGGAACACAGCACCUUAGUUAUAAGCUAUAAGAGUGACACCCUAAUACUGACACUUUGAGUGUUUUAUAUUGGAGACACUGAAGAUAUCUGUGUGGAGUUAAACUCUGAUAAUACAGUAAAACUGCUUGAGCAGAUAAGACGAGACAGAGAUGGGGGCGAUAUUGUAAAUGAGGGCCAAAGAAUGAGAUCUGAUUCCUUUAAAGAGCCCUGACCCGAUGAAAAGAUGGAGAUAAACUGCAACUCUCUAGAGGUGACGUCAUGAGGAAAGCUCCUGUACUCCACUAAGAAACUGCAAUUUAUUAUCAAAGACGUUUUCUUAAAAAAAAAAUGCUUAAAAUAACUAAAAAAAAAAAGAGAUUAACAUUGUUAGACGUUGUGAA